AUGUUUGUCGGCGACUUGAUGCUCACCUUGACGGGUUGCGAUAAGGCGAAGUGGGCCGCGAAGGAAAAGUACACCGCGAAGCUGCUGGGCUUCCUGCAAAUGCACAAGCAGUCCCUGGUUCUGUUUCUGUCGAUCAAUACAAACGGAUCGGUACAAGAGAUGCAACGAGACAUGGCAGAAUUUAAGCAACUGUUGUCCUCCGUAUUACAGGCGAUUCCCGACCUCGCAGAGCGCAUGGCGACAGUCUCGGUGCCGAUAUACCACGACUCGGAUCUACGCGCGGCCCGUGCGCACGCACCCGCGGAUCCCGACGUAAAUGUCAACACGAUACGUUCCUGGGCGUCGAUCUUCAGCACGGAGACCUCGAGAUCACUCCGCCGAGUCCUGUUUGACCGGCGUCUCGGCCAGCCUGCGAUGUACGGCGAGAGACCACUCCUGAACUCUUCGAGCAGCACCGUCCACACCGCACGUACGGGAGAUUCAAACGACACGGACACGGACACGAUCCGUUCCAUGACAUCGAUCCGCACCACGGACGCCGUCAGGUCGCGCAGAUUCACCUUCGACCGGUGUCUCCGCAGCACGCGCGUGUACCGGAUGUCGUUCCGGAACUCGUCGAGCAGCGCGAUCGUGACCGAGCACACGCUGGACUCGGCGUUCUCACAGCUCUUGGGGCUGAGCUUGGCGCAGAUCUCGAACAUUUCGGUUAUCAGACUCCCCGUGUACACCGUCGAGCUGAGCAACGGCUACGUAUACGACGAAGCGCAGGCGAGCGCCGUGAAGGACGUUAGCAUACCGGCGCUAUCGCUUAACCGUACCCCCGCCUCGGUACCGAAGAUCUUCGCCGGAAAAGACUCGGACUCGGACUCCACGAUUUCCGCCUUCUCGCGGUCACGUCCGUUGAGCUUAGGAAGGCAAUCCAUGGUCCCCACAUAUAGACCCGCCUCGGCAUCAGAUCGUCGACGGUUCUCGCUGUUGAGCUCGGUAUUUUUCACCUGGAAAGCGCCCCCUAUCGAUACCGUCAGCGUGGCGUACGACGAUGAAUUACUGUACUAG